AUUACCGGUUAGUAAUUGCCGAAUGCUUGUGAGUGAUCAGUCUGUGAACUGCAUAGGGUCUCCAAGCUAAAAAGAAAAGAAAAUUCUUAUUUUCAGAACUAAAGACUUAAACCUAACACCAAAAAGGGCACACUAAAAUUAUGGAUCACAAACAUCAUGAAAACAUGUCAAUGGAUAUGGUAAGAACUUUCAUCUUUUAAAAUAUAUUUUACUUAACUAAGCUUCUAUGAUCCGUUAAAAUAUAAAAAUAGACUUCAUAAAUUACCCUUAUGCGUGGGAUGACUACUAAAAAAGCGUAUGACAUUGAGAAAGUUACUGAAAGUUAUGUCAUAAAUAGAUGGAUUUUCUAUACGUGUACGAGAAUCGAUGCUUAAGAAUUAGUAAAUAAUUGAGUAGAACAGAACAUUGUUUGUGAGUUGCAAGUGGGAGGGAAAAUUGAAGAAUAGUAUACAUUUCCGGUUCAAAGUUUUAUAUUUCCAUCUUUAUUCUAUUAUCAUUCUAUUUCAGAUAAAUUCCAAUUAUUUAGUCUUAGCUGCCUUUCAAUAAGUUUAACAGCUAGAUAAAUAUGAUAAUACUUACGUAACAAACAUAUUUUACAUUAUUUAUAGAUUUAAUACGUCGAUUAACCUAUAUAUGUAAAAUUAAGUUAGCUUCUCUUUUAGACAACAAGACCAAUGGAUCAUUCAAAGCAUGUAGUAGAACACGGAAUGAAGAUGUACUUUCAUGCGUCUACUAAAGCCGUUAUUUUAUUCGAAAAAUGGAACAUAGAUUCAUGGCAAGGGAUGCUGGGUUCUUGUGCUGUUAUAUUUAUUAUUGCAGCCUUAUAUGAAGGCUUGAAAGUUUUUAGAGAAAUGCUGCUACGUCGGUCAUCCGUAUCUGUUAGGUAUAAUACAAUGCCUGUUCCCUCUCAAGGCAACGGCGCUAACGAAACUUGCACUAUGCUAAGCGAAACUCAUAAAACUGUUGGGUUUGUCUAAUCUUUUCUAGCUUCUGCAUACUAAACAUUUCCUCAUUCAAACAUUAUAGCUUCAUUUCUAUAUUAAAUAGUUAUAUUUAAGUUUCAAUGUGCUAAUAGGCUUUAAUCAAGAUAGAUUUAAUGAGUCAAAUCUAGAACACAUUAUUUCCUUUUUAAUCAAAUACUGUAUAUAACUGUUAACAUACUUACUCUCUUAAAAAGUCUCGAUUGUAUUUGUUUAUGGUACGAAAUUACUAUAAUGUAUCAUUAUAUUAUAAGUUAACAAAUUAUUUACUUAAACUUGUUAAGUAAAUUACUAAAUAAGCCUACAUAUCCCUUACGAAGAUAAAGUCUAGGAAUAAAAUACGUCGACAUACUGAAGGAGGCUUCUGGUCAAAAACACUCGCGAUAUGCAUCUACUAAUCAAUAUGCUUUACAGAAAUAGGCCAAACUACACUAAUUUACUUAGAAACUUAGUUAUAUUUAUUUUUACGUUUUUUUAAAUAUGUUAAAAAUAUAUCUUUUUCAAAUAGUAUGAAGAUGAUUAGUCUACCACAUUUCAUUCAAUCACUGCUACAUAUCCUUCAAGUUGUUGUUAGCUACUUUUUGAUGCUUAUUUUCAUGACAUACAAUAUAUGGCUAUGCUUGGCUGUUGGGCUUGGAGCAGGUGCGGGGUAUUUUCUUUUCUCGUGGAAAAGAUCUAUCGUGGUGGAUGUGAAUGAACAUUGUCAUUAGCAUACCAAUAAUUUCCUUAAACAUGUCGGAAAAUGUGUUGCAUUUAUGAACACAAAAAUAAUAUUAAUAACAACGUAUAACAAAUAUCUAAAUUUUUAUAGAGGAAACGUUUGAACAAGUACCUUUUGCAGCACAUAAUUGUUGUUAGGGUAAAUUGAUUUAUAUAUAUAUAUAUAUAUAUAUAUAUACA